AGUUCGAACAGCAGCAUAGGUGAGCUGCCUGAGAACCUCUCCUUUGGCCCCCUCUGAACCCAGGAAGGAUCCAGUGCAGUAAGAGACUUUUCCAGCCCAGCAAGGAGCCCAGGAUGUUCCUGAAGGCUGUGGUCCUGAGCCUGGCCCUGGUGGCUGUCACCGGUGCCCAGGCGGAGGUCAGUGCCGACCAGGUGGCCACUGUGAUUUGGGACUACUUCAGCCAGCUGAGCAACAAUGCCAAGAAGGCUGUGGAACAUCUCCAGCAGUCUGAGCUCACCCAGCAGCUCAACACCCUCUUCCAAGACAAACUUGGGGAAGUGAACACCUACAAGGAUGACCUGCAGAAGAAGCUGGUGCCCUUUGCCACGGAGCUGCACGAACGCCUGACCGAAGACUCAGAGAAGCUGAAGGAGGAGAUCCGGAAAGAGCUGGAGGAGCUGCGGGCCCGGCUGCUGCCCCACACCAGCGAGGUGAGCCAGAAGAUCGGGGCCAACAUGCGCCAGCUGCAACAGAGCCUGGAGCCCUACGCGGAGGAGCUGCGCGCGCAGGUCAACGCCCAGACCCAGCAGCUGCAGCGCCAGCUGACGCCCUACGCCCAGCGCAUGGAGGCGGUGCUGAGGCAGAACAUGGACAACCUGCAGGCCUCGCUGGCGCCCUACGCCGAGGAGCUCAAGGCCAAGAUCGACCAGAACGUGGAGGAGCUCAAGGCGCGCCUCACGCCCUACACCGACGAGCUCAAGGCCAAGAUCGACCAGAACGUGGAGGAGCUGCGCCGCAGCCUGGCCCCCUACGCGCAGGACGUCCAGGGCAAGCUCAGCCACCAGCUCGAGGGUCUGGCCUUCCAGAUGAAGAAGCACGCCGAGGAGCUGAAGGCCAAGGUCUCGGCCCGCGCGGAGGAGCUGCGGCAGAAGCUGGAGCCCGUGACCGACAGCGUGCGUGGCAAUCUGCAGGGCAACGCCCAGGAGCUGCAGAAGUCGCUGGCCGAGCUGAGCAGCCACCUGGACCAGCAGGUGGAGAAAUUCCGCCACACCGUGGGGCCCUACGGCGAGACCUUCAACAAAGCUAUGGUGCAGCAGGUGGAGGGGCUCAGGCAGAAGCUGGGCCCCCUGGCGGGGGACAUGGAACACCACCUGAGCUUCCUGGAGAAGGACCUGCGGGACAAAGUCAACACCUUCUUCAACACCCUCAAGGAGGAAGAGAUCCAGGCCCACGCCCUCACCGCCCAGGAGCCGACGCCUGCCCCUUUGGAGGGCUGAGCUACACCUGCUGCUCCUGCCCCACCACUGACACCUGCCCUGCCCUGCCCCCUGUCUGUCUGUCUGUCCCAAAGCAGUCCUGGUACCAACCCGUGGAUACCUGUCCAGUGGAAAGUGACACUACCUCUCGCUACUCAAUAAAGCUGCUGAGAAGCUA